UCAGUGCCAGGGGGAAUUGCCUUACAACCUUCACCAGGUCUCCCAAUUCUUGUCUUGGGAUGGAGUAGCCUGUUGACCUGAUGGACAAGUUCGGGGUUUGAGGUUAGCUAGGUGCCUGGCCAAUCAGAGACCACACCAAACAGGGAUGGUUCCUACCACUCCCUAACACCCUACUCUAGUCAGCCAUUGUCCACAGCCUGCAAGUCUACCUAUGUAUCCUUGUUACCACCAGCCGAUUGGGCAGCCUGCAUGCCACUUAGAGACGUUAAAACUUUGGAGCAAAUACGACGACAGAUGAUAGGAGCUCUUGUGUCAAUGGAGGGGUGAAAAAACAGGAAAACCACAAAAAUGUUAUCAGGCGGGAAGAGGGAGAGUUGGCGACUGCUGCAUAUCAUCCUCGCCCCAACUAGGCACAGCACACAAUAUUUAUUCAGAUUGUUUCCAAUUGGAACAGAAACUCAUCUCAAUUACUGCUUUUAAUCUGAUAACAGGCCUUAAUGUGACAAUCACGCCCUCCCUGUCAGACUCAAGUAGGAAAUACUUUGAAGCUUUGUCACAUUUACUUCAAAACUUUGCAAUUUCUUAUGAUGCGUCUCUUGUUUUGAUGACACCAGUGUCCUGCCUUGCCCCACUCUACCCUCGGGAGAGUAGAGACAUCUGACCCCUGGUGUCCACAGUAGACGAUGGGGACAAUAUCGCGCAACAUGGGACCACAGUGACACCUGGUGUCAGUCAGGAGUACCACAUAGGAUUCAAGUCUGUUCAUUAACAAGAUUUGAACGGUGUUCCACCGUUCCCGGAGUCCCCCCAUACCAUGGCCGGAGAGGUACUGCCCGGGGUGCCUGGAGGGGAGCGGACCUACACCUCUAUACUCGGUGACCACCCUGGGGAACUUGUACGCACCGGCAGUCCAAACUUUGUGUGUUCAGUCCUCCCAUCACACUGGCGAUCAAACAAAACUCUACCAGUCUCAUUUAAAGUUGUCGCUCUGGGAGAAGUUAAAGAUGGAACGAAAGUAAGCAUUAUGGCUGGGAAUGAUGAGAAUUACUCUGCUGAAUUAAGGAACGGUACCUCCUAUAUGAAGAACCAGGUUGCCAAAUUCAACGAUUUACGCUUCGUAGGAAGAAGCGGUCGAGGCAAGAGCUUCUCCCUCACUAUCACAGUCAGCACCAACCCACCAGAGGUCGCCAUCUACCAGAAAGCCAUCAAAGUUACCGUGGAUGGCCCACGGGAACCCAGAAGUAAGACAAAGCUACACACGGAUGACCGUCGCAUCCACCACCGAGUUGGGCCCCUGGAGCUGACGCUGGAGAGGAGCCCGCUCACAGAGCCACUUGUGGAUCGCAGGUUUGCCCAUCUUGCCGAACUAGAGCGUCUUCGCCGCGUGUCGUCCGGGCCAGCCGAUGUGAGACCACACCAUACCACUGACGUUAACGGACUACCCCCAACAGAAGUUUUGAUGAAGCAGUUAGAAAGUACCAGGGGAGGGUGGGGCGGCUACGACACAGUGCCGUACACGAAGGAUGUCAUCUACCCCACCAUCACCACCCACAGUACCCCACUGUCUCAGUCACAAUCCGUCAUUGUCUCACAUCUCGCUGCUGCCCAUUCCUCUGCUGUAGAAUCUCGUGAGCGUGAAUCUCGCCUCCAAAGCCUGCAAGACCACCCAGUUGUUACCACGCAUAGCCUUGUGCCUCAUGAACGUCACCUACCCCUGGUGCCAGAGGCUCAAAGACCAGACUACCCUAGUCUAGAGCCACGCCUACCAGUAGAACGCAGAAUCACUAUAGAAUCUCGGCUCCCUCUUGUGUUGCCACCAUAUGCAAAUGCAUCCGAUGUUCGCUUAAGUGACCCGCGUAUACCAGAACCCUUGUACCCAGAGACAAGACCCUUGUUUGUACCCCCUCAGACUCUGCCCUACACUGUCAGCAGUUCCAACCUGUCUAUACUGGAGGAGAGUCGGGCAAUCUCUACCCUGCCCCUGGCAGUUACUCAUGGCACAUAUCCUGGUAUGACUCCUCAUGAGUUCUUCAGUUCCAUCAACCCUCCAAGCUCAAUUGCAGCGGCUGCUUCCUAUUUAGCAGGAAGUCCGCCCCGAGUGCUGCCCCCUACCUUCCUGUACCCUCAUCUGUAUAGCUCCUCCCCACAACAGUAUCAGACUCGCCUCUACCUGCCCACAGGGGAGGUUAGGACAUACGAGGUGCUUGGGCAGAGGCCGUCAGACCUUCCCCCAAAGGUUGAGAAACCGACUCCUGUAUCCCCGUCCUCACGUUUAGCACUUGAGGGACCUAUUGCUCGACCUGUUCGAGAUGUUGAACUCACUGAGGAAGGAACAGGGUCUUCCGAUUCAUCGAGAGACAUACCACCAAGACAUGAAGACUCGGAGUCGUCAAAGUCUUCACCAAGAAGACCUGGGCAUGAUGAACCAGCACCUGUGUGGCGGCCAUAUUGAAAUGGUUUUUGAAAUGUGAUUUGGGAGUGUGACAGUUGGUCCUAUCCAACUCUUGUGCCUUGUUGAAGUGUUCAUGGUUUGACCUUGACCUUCAGAUCGAGACAACUAUUACAGUGGUUCUGGGCAUAAUGCAGUGUAUGAGAAAUUCUUGCUCAGCUCUGCAUACCUGGGGAAAUUGUGCCAUUGAUACCGACAGAGCUCUUGGGUUCCUGGACUGAAAGGCGAAGGGAACAGUGUUUGAAUUGAGAACUGCAAAGCAGAGACAUCUUUGAGUUUGACCUUGACCUUAUCUUCAGCUCCAGAACCUGUUCUAUAAUGACGAGCCACAACGUUGUGCUGGUUCGAGACCAUUGGAGGAGAGCACUGGACCGGAACAAUGCACCAGAACGUUACAGUGCCAGAGCUCUGAAUGCAUCAUGUCAGCAGAAUCCUGGCUAUGAGCAUUGUGUGAUGAAGAAGACCAGCCAUUCCAUGGGGUCAGAGUAUUAUGACAGGUGGUCAUGAAAUCCUGUGUUGAAUAUUUGUACAAAUUGUGUUGUUGAUAAGGCUUAAAGUGUGGUGCUGUUCCAAUGACAAGAUCAAAUUUGGUGCCAACCCAAAACAAUGUAUUGACCAUAAUGAAUGAGAAAGGUUUACUGUAUUAGUGGCGGAUCAAUAAGACAAUUAUUGAUUGUGACAUGUUCCCAAGCUGUGAAGGCAGAAUAAGAAAUUGUGGAAAAUAUGUUGAGUGGUACACAGUUUGGAAAAGUAUUACAAGGAGAUUUUGGUCAGCUGUUGAGUUGUACCUGGUUUGCAAUGGUUUUAAAGAUUUGGUCAGCUGUUGAGUGCAACUUGACAUUUAAGUUAUAUAUUUAUUUGAAGACUGUUUGAUGUUUUAGGACUAAAACAAUCUACAAUAUGAUUGCUUUAUUAUAUCAUAUCACCAUUUAAGCAGUUUCUCCAGUUGAUGUUUUGUGAUAUGUUUAACAUGAAUGAAUAAUUCAUGACACAUGUUACGUAUAUCUUGGUGAAUUGUCUCAGUCUUUGUCAUGGUAAGGUAUUGUUCAGUAUUGUGUGCCUGGCAAUUGGGAGUAGAAGUUUUGAUACAUUUUUAAUUGUUUCCAUAACACUGUUUCCUUACGGUAGUAUUGUCCGUGAUCCAGCAGUACUCCACUGUUGUUACAGGUGUGACUUACAGCACAGUA